AUUUUCAGUUUUCACACACCGAUACAUAUAGUUUGAAAUUGGAUGGAGCUCCUUCGAUCGAAUCUCUCCCGAGUUCGGAUUCCAGAGCCUACAACUCGAAUCUACAAGCAUGAAUGCUGCGUCUCCUUCGAUACUCCGAAAUCUGAGGGUGGACUGUUUGUUGACAUGAGCACUUUUUUAGCAUUUGGAAAGGAGUAUGUAGGUUGGAACUAUGAAAAGACUGGAAACCCAGUUUAUUUGCAUAUAAAGCAGACCGUGAAGGCAGUUGAUGAAGAUAGACCUUCCAAGAAACCAACUCUUUUGGCUAUAGGUCUUGAAGGUGGUUUUGAUAACAAUGAACCUGAGUAUGAUGAGAGCUAUCAAAUAGUCUUAUUGCCAGAUUAUUUGACUCUUCCAUUUCCUUCAGUUGAGUUGCCAGAGAAGAUAAGGUUGGCUGUUGAUGCUAUUUUAUUGGCUGAGAGUGCUGAGAGGAAAGAGCAAGUUGCUGCCUGGACAGCUGAUAAGAAACUGACCAGUAAAUAUGCCAUGGAACUAGUACAGCUUGACAAUGGUGUUGUUGUUCCUCCAUCAGGGUGGAAGUGUUCCAAAUGUGAUAAGACUGAAAAUCUUUGGCUGAAUCUAACUGAUGGGACAAUCCUUUGUGGUAGGAGAAAUUGGGACGGAAGUGGUGGUAAUGACCAUGCUGUUAACCAUUACAGAGAAACUGGUUAUCCUCUAGCAGUCAAGCUUGGAACAAUAACAGCUGAUUUAGAGGGAGCAGAUGUUUAUUCUUAUCCGGAAGACGAUAGUGUCGUGGACCCACUUUUAGCACAACAUCUUGCUCACUUUGGUAUUGAUUUUUCCUCAUUACAGAAGACUGAAAUGACAACUGCUGAAAGAGAACUUGAUCAAAACUUCAACUUUGACUGGAACCGGAUUCAAGAAACUGGACAGGAUGUUGAACCACUUUUUGGACCAGGAUAUACAGGACUUGUCAAUCUUGGCAACAGUUGCUAUUUGGCUGCAACAAUGCAAGUUGUGUUCUCAACACGUUUAUUUUGUACCCGGUACUUUCUAGAACAGAGUCUGAAAACAGCUUUUACUAUGGCUCCUGCUGAUCCAACUGUAGACCUUAACAUGCAGCUUACAAAACUUGCCCAUGGCUUGCUUUCUGGUAAAUACUCAGUUCCGGGUACAGAGAAACUGGAGGGUAUUCGUCCUCGUAUGUUCAAGUCAGUUAUUGCUGCAAGCCAUCCUGAUUUUUCAACUAUGAGACAACAGGAUGCUUUGGAGUUUUUCCUGCAUUUUAUUGAUCAAGUAGAACGAAUGAAUUCUGGGAACUCUAAGAUUGAUCCUUCAAGGAGUUUCAAAUUUGGUAUUGAAGAACGUAUACAAUGUCCAUCUGGUAAAGUGGCUUACAACAAAAGGAAUGACUACAUCCUCUCACUAAAUAUUCCUCUGGACAAGGCUAUUAACAAAAAAGAGCUUGAAGAGUUUCAAAAGUCAAAGGCUGAGAAGGCUGCAGAAGGAAAGGAAAUGCCAGCUGAUGAAAUUGUUCGCCCAAGGGUGCCUUUGAAGGAUUGCCUAGACUGCUUUUCAUCUCCAGAAGAGAUUCAUGAUUUUUACAGCUCUGCUUUAAAGACAAGAACAACAGCAACCAAAACUGCUGGGUUGACUUCCUUCCCUGAUUAUCUGGUCUUGCACAUGCGGAAAUUUGUCAUGGAGGAAGGAUGGGUACCUAAGAAACUAGAUGUUUAUAUUGAUGUCCCUGACACCAUAGACAUAAGUGAUAUGCGUAGCAGGGGCCUUCAACCUGGAGAAGAGCUAUUACCUGAAGGCGGUGCUGGGGAUUCUGAGGAACAAAAACUUCUAGCUGAUGAGGGUAUUGUUACCCAACUUAUGUCAAUGGGAUUUAGCUCUCUUCAUUGUCAAAAGGCUGCUAUCAAUACCUCCAAUACUGGAGUGGAAGCUGCAAUGAACUGGUUGCUUGCUCACAUGGAUGAUCCAGACAUUGAUGCUCCAAUUUCCCAAGUAGGAAAAAAUGUUGAUAUUGAUCAAUCACAAGUUGAUACAUUGGUUUCCUUUGGUUUUCAUGAGGACCUUGCUAGGAAGGCACUGAAAGCAUCGGGUGGUGACAUUGAGAAAGCAACUGAUUGGAUAUUUAACAAUCCCGGUGCUUCCGAGACAUCAGAUAUGGACACAUCAUGUAGUGAUGGAACUUCAGUCGAUGCUGCACUACCUGAUGGUGGAGGAAGGUAUAGGCUGAUUGGACUAGUGAGCCAUAUUGGUACCUCAACCCAAUGUGGUCAUUACGUUGCUCAUAUCUAUAAAGAUGGUAGAUGGGUAAUUUUCAAUGAUGAGAAAGUUGGGGUCUCAAAGAAUCCCCCCCUGGACAUGGGAUACCUGUACUUUUUUGAGAGACUCAGUGAUUGAAUGAUGAUGGAGGAUUAGAGGUUAAACAAGUUGAUAGCAGAGGGGAUAGUAGAGGCCUAGAGGGUGGACAUUGGUUCUGUUAAUCAUUGUGAUACAUGAAGUUAGAUCAAAGUACUUAGUCACUCAUUCAACUUCCAUCUCAAUUCAACUUCCUUGACUUUAAUGGGGGGUUCAAAUCCCAAAACACAAGCACUUGGCUUUAUACUCUUUUGAUGUUGUAAAACAUAUCUGAAUGUUUUUUGAUGAAGUAAUUUUUAGAAAGUUUAUUGUGUA